AUGUUUGGACGAUCAGUGGAAAAAUAUGGCGUAAAAUAUUCUAAUUAUAUCGGCGAUGGUGACAGCCAAACUUUUAAAGGCAUUUUGGACUUGAAUCCAUAUGAUGACAUCAUAGUAAAGAAAAAAGAAUGUGUUCUGCACGUUAAAAAACGUAUGGGUACAAGAUUACGCUCUGCAAGAAAGCAGCACAAAAGUAUUGGAGGGAAAGGCUCCGGAAAACUUACAAAUGAAUUAAUGGAUAAUUUAACAGCAUAUUAUGGCCUUGCGAUAACGCGCAAUACAAAUUCUUUAAAAGAUAUGGAAGAGGCAGUUUGGGCUACUUUUAAUCAUAAGUGCUCUACAAAUAAAAAUCCGCAGCACGUGUACUGUCCUGCCGGCACGGAUAGCUGGUGUUCUUGGAGUCGCACUGAGGCUAAAGGAACAUUAGAAAAUUAUAACCACGAAGAACCGCUUUGUAAGGCAGUACAAGAUGCCAUCAAACCAAUUUAUCAGGAUUUAUCAUCCCCGGAUUUACUAGAGCGUUGUUUAGGUGGAAACACCCAGAAUAAUAACGAGAGCUACAACGGUUUUUUAUGGCACUUCGCGCCAAAACUUGUAUUGUGGCGUAAAAACUAUACAAAUUGCUGA